AUGGGAAAAACACAAGAACUGACGAAUUGUUUGGAACAAUGUCGAUGUGAUGAACAAGAGAAAACGGUGAUUUGCGAGGGGAGUUCGAUCACUCAACUCCCACAAAGUAUCCCAUCUGGCUUUGAUGCAUUGAUCAUCAAAAAUACAACAAUUAGCCACUUGCUAAAGGAAUCUUUUCGAAAAAUGGAUCGUCUUCGAGAAAUUCGGAUCGAGGAAUGUCAGCAAUUGGAAUCAAUUGAGAAACUUGCGUUUAAAGGAUUGAGAAGGUUGAGAUUGAUCUCCAUUCAAAAUUGUCCAAAACUGAGAGAAUUGUUGAAGGGAUCAUUUUCGGGGAUUGGAAACGAGAAUGGGUUGAAGAUUCGAGUCGAGACACCGAUCAAGAUCGUUCAUCCUGGAGUCUUUCGUCACGCUCAAAACCUCCGCGAAUUGGUGAUCACUGGCGAGGAGAUGAUCGUUCAAAAGCACGCUUUCUCUUGCAUCACUCAACUCGAUUUUCUCACAUUAACAGGAAUUUCCCGAAUCGAACCUCAUCUUUUCAUGAAUUCCACGAGAUUCUACACGGUUAACAUUCGGGAAUCAAAUUUUGAGAUCCCAAAAGAAGCAUUCACUGAUUUGGCUCAUGUUCAUCAGUUCUUAAUUCAACGAAGCAAGCUGCCAUUGAUUGGAAUGGAUGCUUUUGCAGGUGCGAGUACAAUUGAAUCUCUUGAAUUUGUCGACAAUUCGAUUGGAACGAUCAGUCCACAUGCGUUUUCAGGUAUAACAAAUUUGGGUCGAUUGCGGAUAUCGAGAAAUGUGAUCAAGAAUCUUGACUCGCCCGAAGCCGUCCUUUCAAAUGCUAAUCAACUCCGUUUCGAAGAGAACAUUGUCGGGUGCAAUUGUGGAAUCAAAUGGAUCGGAGCACAUCCGGACCGCCGCCUUGCCGACUCGAAUUAUUGUGGUGCAAUCGGUGUCCACCGCACUCUCCGCAAUUUCAUUCGUUUAACCUGUGAUCCGACAUCGAAUUUCUAUCAAAAUACCACAAAAUCCCCAACAAAUUACACAUUUAACUAUAAAGUGACAGCGCAUGUGUCAUCUUCUCAAAGAAAUCACCUCCAUUUCCCGAUUGUGAUCAAUUUGAUGCUCAUUUUUCGAUUUUACCAAAUUUUC